AUGAUGCUCUGCGACGCGGAGCACAUUCAGCUUAGGGAGGCUGGGGACCUUGAGUCCCGACAGUGCUACGCCGAGCGCCAGGUGCAGGCGUUCUCUCACCGCCAGAAUGGCGGUUUCAAGACGAAGAAGGCGUGGGAGUUUCAGAACUCCCUGUGGUACAAGCCUUUUUCCUUCGCCACCGGAACGUUUCGCUUCGCGGAACCCAUUCUCAACGUGCGCAACGAGGAGUUCACUAACAAACGCAUCAUCGCGUACAUCGCGCCGUUCGCAGGCAAGCUUUUCCCACCCGGCCGCGGCAAGACCGACCUCUCUGGCCCCGAGGUCUCGAACGAGGGCGACGAGGAGAUACUGGUUUGCGAGACGCCCUUCGACCGCCCCGACGAUGUUAUCGUGGAGGCGAGCGACCUCGAGGAAUACCUCAACGACAUGUCGCCCUAAGUUCAGGGCGACAUGUUGAGGCUGUUGCGCUGUCGCCUGGUUGGUCAACACGGCAGCGUUUUUUUUUUUUUUUUCUGUGUGAUCUACUUCUGCAUUUUAGUGAAGAAGGCGGUUGGUGGCGGGGUCUUUUUUCGCGUCUGUCUGUGACCGACGCCGGGAGCCUUCGCCCGCUUCGGGGGGGGGCUUGUUCUUGAAACCUAAGUGAAUCUCUGGGGCGGGUACAUGUCUGCAGUAGUCUUGUUAGAUGACAUCAGUUUGUACCUUGGUGAUCAUGAUGAUGUGAUGAUACCUUUGGUCGAGUAAAAUAUGCUGUUGGUGUGGCGCUUGGCGCGUCCCACACACAGCGUUUGCGGUCUUUGUCUUUUAUGUUUUUGCUUCUCUCCAAUGGGGGUCGUUGAAUGCGUCGUCAAAAGUCCACGUCGUUUCUUAUGGCGUCACGUCACGGAGUGCGUGUCGGAUCAUGCUUUUUGCUUUUCCUGUAUUCCUUUCAUGCAUGCCUCGCGUAGCUCUCGAAUAGAGUAGUGUUGUGCGCGUCAUUCAUAUACGAAACGGAGAGGGCAUUGUAUCACUAGGUACUCUUCGCUGUUNCGUCGUCAAAAGUCCACGUCGUUUCUUAUGGCGUCACGUCCCGGAGUGAGUGUCGGAUUAUGCAUUUUGCUUUUCCUGUAUACCUUUGAUGCAUGUCUCGCGUAGCCCUCGAAUAGAGUAGUGUUGUGCGCGUCAUACAUAUACGAAACGGAGAGGGCAUUGUAUCACUAGGUACUCUUCGCUGUUUUGUGUACGGAGGCUCGAGAUGCGUUGACUGAGGGAGAAUCUUCGGACAGAUGGAUCGGUGUGUCAUGGAUUUGAUACAAGCGCCGGCUGUUCCUCGGUCUAUACUCUGGCGUGUAGUUUGUCAUCCUUCAUGUUUCCUGUUUGCGUAUCAAGCAUGUAUCCGGUGCUGCGGGAGUCACUGUAACCGUAGGAAAACAGAGAAAAUGAAACCGUGUCGAAAAACCACCCCCCCCAAGAUCAUGUUGUGCGGGGUGAACCCUCACUCCGCGCAAGGGGGAUGAUNAUCCCUGCAGGGGUAGCCGAUUGGCUACGGGUGUACUUACAGCAUUCGGCACACCGGUUCGGUCGCGCUCCGACAACAGAUGACCGUGCUUGACAAGGUAUUUGUCCCCAAAGUCAUAGGAUAUUUUGAACCUCUCUUCCGGAGCUACAUAGACUAGACUACCGAUAAAGCUAAAUCUAACUCCCAGAGCAAUCAAUUGUAGACCGUCAGCUAAGCACGCAACACACCGCGCUGAAGGUGUUGGAAGUACACUGGGAGGUGUUGAAAUACACUGGCAAUGGUGUUCGUGAGUCUGCGAACAUUGCUGUUGGAUACAUGUGCUGGAUGAUUUUGUGUCACGCAGACUGACAGCACUUCAGACAGCAGUAUGCUGUAGUCGGCAAUCUUCCGUUUUGGUAUAGAGUGGGACAGGGAGGGGGUGAUGCUACUGUAGUCGAACGGUGGGACGGACGUGCAGUUCAGUUUUUGGGCACGCAUACGGUGCUGCAGGGAUUUUUAGGUCUACCUCUUCGGGCUCUUGGAUACCUUUUUCUCGUUAUAUGUGUGCGUGUUCUUUAGAUCCU